UUUGCAUUGAGCGCGAGAUACAGGAAUAACCUGUGUAAGUGUAAAGAGAGCCGUCGAGUCUGUGGGUUCCCCCCACUGUUUAUACUUUAACACAUCAUACACAUGUUUAAGAUUGAAGCUGGCUGGUUUCUCUUCUUCUCUUCUCCAACUCUUACUUUGAAAAAGCAGCAGGAUCUCGGCGGGCUGCAGAUGGAAUCUCAGCUAUGUUCAGAGAGAGCAGUGAAGACAAAUGACACCCUCCACCACCAGCACCAGGUUGGCCAGAACAGUCUGCUGCCUCUGCUCAAUGCUGGAACAGAACCCCAAGACCAAAAACCUGUGCUCCCCAUCCCACUGGAGCAAAAGCCUCCAGUCAGUGCGGCCGAGCUCCUCAAGGACAACAUGGCCGGUGGUACAGGUGGAGGGGGCGGUGGAGGGGGAGGUGGGGGAGGUCCUGUGGUGGUUAAGAAGGAGCCCAAGUCAAAAACACCCUUCAUCUGCGGCUAUUGUAGCAAGUCCUUCCGAGACAGCUACCAUCUGCGGCGGCACGAGUCUUGCCACACGGGCAUCAAGAUGGUGUCCCGGCCCAAAAAGACACCAGCAGCACCCACCAUGGUGCCAAUGAUCUCUACUGUGCAACAGCGGGAUAGCAACGGCAACCCCACCUAUGUCUCUGCUGCAGGUAUCUUGACAGGCACCAAUUCAGCCACAAUGACAGUAGCUGCAAUGGCCAAUCUGCCCCAGCAGCAGCCCAGCGUACCCAAAAAGCCCCCGAAGCCAGUGAAGAAGAACCACGGAUGUGAGAUGUGUGGUAAAGCUUUCCGCGACGUCUACCACCUGAACCGGCACAAGCUGUCACACUCGGACGAGAAGCCUUUCGAGUGUCCCAUCUGCCACCAGCGCUUCAAGAGGAAGGACCGCAUGACCUACCAUGUGCGCUCGCACGACGGUGGUGUGCACAAGCCCUACAUCUGCUCCGUCUGUGGCAAAGGCUUCUCCAGGCCAGAUCAUCUCAGCUGUCACGUUAAACACGUCCACUCUACAGAGCGGCCGUUUAAGUGCCAAGUAACGGCCUGCACAUCUGCUUUUGCCACCAAAGACCGCUUGCGUUCCCACAUGAUCCGGCAUGAGGGUAAAGUCACCUGCAACAUAUGUGGCAAGAUGCUUAGCGCUGCCUACAUCACCAGCCAUUUGAAGACGCACAGCCAGGCCGGCUUCACCUCGCCCUGUAACAAAGGUACGCCAGCCCUCGCCCCUCAUUCCUCCUCCACCUCCACCUCUACCACUUCCUCCUGGCCUCCGCUCGCCUCGGCUGCGCCAAACCAGGAUGACACGCACUCAGACACUAACAACGCAUGCAACUCUUCCUCAGCUACAUCAGUCACUGCCUCGGCCACCGCCGCCAGCACUGCCAGCAUGAACCGUGGAACCAUCAGCAACCCCAUCACUAUCUCCUCAAACACAAUGAAUAUCACAGCACCGGUGAGCCUGCAGCACCCGGUGACCAUCACCGCUCCAGUCAAUAUCGCCUCAGUGAACAUCCCCGCCACAGCAACCGGCAUGAACAUCGCCCACCCGGUGGCCAUCAGCACCCCAAUGCCCAUGAACAUCACUGGCCCCCUCAACAUCGCCAUGAGGCCUAUGGAAAGCAUGCCGUUCCUCUCACAGGUUCUGCCUUCCUCGCCACCCUGGUAGAACCGAAAUAUCUUCUGAUUACACAUCCAACCCAGUGUGUCUUAUUUUAAAUCCUGUUCUGGUCUUCCAUUAGUAGCAUGCUGUGAGGAAAGGGCAAGCAAGGACGUAAGGUAGAAGUUCCAAGCUUAGUGUGGAUAGACAGUAGCAGCAGAUGAGGAAAAAGUAAAGAUCUAGUUGGUGUUAGGUGGUGCUUUGUUUAUUCUUAUUUUGGCUAUUGACUAAGCAGAACCAGAAAUAUAUAGAGUUUAGUGAAAUAGCGUGAGGAAGGGGGGGGGAUAGUUAAUGUAUGGAACGGAGGCUGGCAGGCUGUACGUUUGGUGGUUUCACUUCGUUAGUGCCAGAAGAUCUCAGCCAAUGGCCAUUUGGAGAUGAGCAGAUUGCUUCAUCAGAUAGUGAGCAUGACUGGUUUUAACAGUUUUUUGAACUGUGAUUACUUUAUUUUUUAGAUUGCUGUUCAGUAUUCCCUAGUUUUAUUGCAUUGAGUUAUGUACUACAAAAGGGACAGGAGCUUCCAUUUGUGGGAGAUAAUUAUUUUUAAUACUAUCUAAGUAAGAUGCGGUUUUACAUUCAUUGUAAGCCACUUAAAACUGUAGCUAUUAUUUUAGUUUUCAAAUAUUUUCUGGAGUUGAUCAUUCCUGGUAGAAGAAAAAUUAUGUACUAUUGUUUUGAAUAGCUGGGACAUUAUUUCUGCUUAGUGGGAGCUGGACAUGAAAUUUAACACUUCUUGCACUGAAAACAUAUCUGAUUGGUGAUAUUCUAAUGGCAGUAUUAUGAGAAAUGUUUUUAAAUUUGCAAAGUUCAGUGUCUUUUUGUAGAUGUCGGUGCCGUCUAGUAGCCACGUUCCCUGAAAGGAGAUCCUGAGACCUGAACAUACCCUUUUUGAGAGUGUUUCAUCAAUAAAAACUCUUUAUUCUUCGUCCUUUAAGGAUGAGGGCUGUACUCGCAUGGACCUCCUCUCGGGGUCUUUACUGGGAGAAUCUCACUCAUUUGACACUCAUGUUGGUAAAAUCAUCCUUAACACUUUUCGGAAAGUUUCACCUCCUUAAUACACUAAACUAUUUUAUCCUUCUUGCUGUCCCAUAAAAGUGACAUUAACUGAACCUGGGUGGAAGAUGCAUUUUGUUACAUUUAUUAGGUUUUGUGGGGGUUUUUUUGUUUUUUUGGUUCUGUUUUUUUCUUUCUUGAUUACAGUUAAACCAAAACUGCCAUCAUGAUGUUCAGGGUUUGUUGGCUUGGUUUUUAUCGGUGACACUUGUGUGUUCCAAAUGACUGUAGGAAGCUGGCAACGAACAAAAGCAAAGCGUUUCAUCCAUUUUGGAUGGCAAAAGCAAUAUUGAAGGUGCACUGCUAUUCCAUAACAUUCAUUUCUGAUCAGAGACAUGCCUUUAACUUCAAUAUCUGUUAAGUGUCACGCAUUUCUGCAUAGUCCCCUCUCAUGAGAAUGUACUCUAUAUGAUUACUAUGAGUCAGGACAAGUAAGAAAAUCAGAUUAAUGUGCCCAUACAAGGCACUGUGUAGACGGCAGAGUAAAUGGUCAAAUGUGCUUUAUUUCUGUUUGACCUGACCUGACAUGGGAAAUGAAUUUAGUGAACAGUAAUUGUAGUUAGAUGUAAUUCUUUGCUGAUCAGCAAUGUAAUGGAUUUGGGAGGAAAACCAGAUCUGGACUGUGAGUUAAGUGAAGCCUAAGAGCUACUGGAUGGUAACCUUUUUUUUUUUCUUUUUUUUUUUUGGAUCUCCUCCAUGAAUUCUUUCCUCCCCAUUUCAACUUGUAACAGCUUUUCCAUGCAUUGCAUGAACUUUCCAGUUAAAAACUAAGCACCUAAAAUUUUCAUUUUGUCUCGAUGUCCUUCAGAGAACAUUGCCUAGUUUUAACAGGGGUGUCGUCUUUUCCUUAAACGUUGAGAACUGGAAUUUGAAGAAUGGAGCUGAUGUGACUGGUUCAAAGCAUUACAGAACUUUUGGAGUAUCCUUGUGAUAAUUGUAUGGCCCUCCAGUGGCAUCACUUCUGUGCCUGAACUGAAAAUGCCACAUAGGAACAUGACUGUCCUGUUUACCAAAUCUCUGUGAAGAUUUUACAUCUAUUUUGCUUUGGAGAUUAUCACACAUGAGGAAUUAUGACUUUUUUUUCCCCCUUAAGUAUUGUUUUUUCUUUUUCUUUUUUUUAAUGCCUUAUGCACCAACAGUAUAUUUUAAAGAAAUGUUUGAUUAUUAGUGAGAAGUGGGAGAUAUCUUAAGUUUUACAUUGGAGAAUAAAACAGUAGUUCUGACUUUUUACAAUUUGCUUGGAUGAAUUGGCAGAACCAUGUGAAUGCCAGUGAAUGUAUAUCUUUGUACAAAACAGUUAGCUCAGAGGAUGUCGUAGGUAUGGUAGAUAAGUGCAAGGAAAAAAAUAAAAUAACCUUUUAUAAAACUUUUUGUAUUAGAACAUUAACAUUGAUAAUUUUGUAUAUAUGAAGACUAGGAAAUUUUUUGGUUAGCAGAAAGGUGAAGCAUUCCUACAUUUUUUUUAAAAAUGUAUGUAUGUCACGAACAGUUAUGUAAACACAAUGUUUUAUGUGCCUUUUAUUUGGGUUGUCUAAAUAAAAGAAAAUUGUAAAACAUG